GUAUACUUCAAAAAUGGCGGCAUGCAUGAGCAUUUGUGCGAUUUAAUGUCAACACAGCUUAAAGUUUAUAGAAAACUUUUUUAAAAGAGAUAUAACAAACACAAUCAGCAUCUUCUGCUUGUGUAUAGGAAAGGUAAUAUAUUGUUACAGGGAACUUAAUUUAAUUAUAAAAUUUAGUUACACACUGGCCCACGCCAGAGUUUUAAGUUUAGUUUUCUGAUUCACAUUCACUUUCACAUAUUUUCAUAUUAGACUGAUAAGAUUUCAUUGAAUUUGAAUUGUUUGUUAUGCUCAGUUCACACGAUCAAAUUUGCAUCACAUUUUUGUAUGAACGCACUAUUGUGUGCGUGGUUUCAAAUUUAAAUCAAUUAUAAUUAUGAUAGAAAAUUUGAUAGGUGAACUGAAAUAGUCACAACUUUUCACUUGAGUUCAGUACCAGACCUGGGCCUGGGUACUUUUGUGAUUUUGAUGUACAAUUCUGAGAUGUCUUUUAUGAAUGUACCAUAUUGUACAACUAGACUUGUCAGAACUACAAUUUUUAGGGACCCUGCCCUAAAAUAUAUACAUUCCCUUAGUUUUGUUAAUAAAAAAAAUAAUUUAAAAGUACAUUUUCAUGAGUUAGUUUUAGUUCAAAGAAACUAGAAAGAAAGCAUGCAGCAGUGAAUGGAUCAAAAGAAAUACGAUUGGAUGAGGACCAUCUAUAAUUAUAUUAUGAUGCCCUGAGAAGGGAAGGGGGUGGUGUUGAUUAAGAGAGAUUUAAUACAGGGCGGAAAAAUGAGAUUUUGACAUAUUUUAUAAGAUCUAAGAGUUAGAAGACCUUGAUUCAUAUCUGUUUUUAGAAUGCACAAAAAGGACAAAACAGCUGUAUGACUAUAUGAUUUUCAAUACCCUAGUUUGGUUCCAACCAACACACUAUGAUAUGUUAACGAGAAAUAAGCUUUAUGGAUAUUGAUUCUUAUUUUUUUAAACCAGCUUUUGCCAAAAAAAUAAAUCUCAAGUUACUUCGCAGGUUUGUAAAUGACAUCCUCAUUUUGUAAUUAAUUCUUAUUUCAAUCAAUUUUGUUUUAUGCUGAACUGACUUUGAGUUUGAACCUCAUUAAGUUUCACCAGUAACUUUAUUUUAAUAGUGACAUUAGUGACAUACCAUGAUAAUGGGAUCUGCACAUUCACCCAAAUAUUAAUUGAUAUCUAAACUUUAUAAAGCAGAUACACAUCUGCAAAACAAAGGGACCACAGAUUGCAAAAGGAACGUCUGUCAUUUACUUUUUGGAAUUUACCUUUUUUUGACACAAAUUAAACUCGAUCCCACUUGACACACAAUGUGAAUAGUUAUUGUAUACAAUAUAUAUACUGUAUGUUUAUUUAUUUACUAAGAUACUGUACAGUUCGAUUUUAGGAGUUCAAGGGUAAGAAGGUCUGCAUUAUAGUAUUUAGACAACCUGUUUGGCACAUAUUUAUUUGGGACUUCGGUAUCACCUUGAAACAGCCAAAAAUUGGGUAUCGUAAUUUUGUUGUCAAAAUGGCGACUCCCACUCUUUAAUUUACCAAAGGUAUGUUUAAUGAAUUUGGUAGUAGAUUGUUGACAAUAUAAUAAAUUCUGCAUCCUACAUCUCGCUUGUUCAAUUGAAAAUUUAUUUGAAUUUUUUUUCAGGGUCAAUGCUUUGAAAAUAGAAGUAAAAAAUAGGUCAAUUUUACUGAUCAAUACCAUUUUAUUUUUAAAAAAUAAAUAAAUAAUAAUUGAAUAUUUUCUAAGUAUCAGCAUUUGCUGCCAUUAAAAAAGGUGGUGUGGUCAAAAUUGGGCUGACUGACCUUAUGAUAAUGCAACUUACCGGAUUCAGCAUAAGUCAGUUCACAUGAUCAAAUUUUCGAUUAUGCAUUUCAUGCAAUUUUUGUAUGGAGCCUUGUCAUAACUUUCAAAUUACUAUUUGAUCCAAUUCCCUUUUUUAUCCCAAAGAAGAAAUCACGCAAAAAAUAGUGCGUUCAUUCACAAAUUUGACGCAAAAUUUGAAGCUAAUUUGAUGGUGUGAACUGACGCUAAAGAACAUUGGAUACGACCUACAUUAUUGAGAAUUGACAAACAUAAACAUCAAAAUAUAAUACUUGUCAUUAUUUAAUAUGAAAGACAUUGUCAUUUAAUUUCUUCAAAUAAAAUUUAUGGAAAGAUAACCUAAAUAUACCUAGGAAUUUACACAUUAAGGUUGAUUGAAAAAUGCAAACAAAGUACAAUAGAAUGUAGGACAAGAUGUCCACUAUUGUGAACAUUGUGGAAAGAUACCACAAUUUUAUGACCAAUAGUCUUCUUGUUAAUGAAAAACACUGAUGUCCAUUCACAAUCUAAUAUAAAUAGCUCAUUGUUCGCAUGCAAAUUGACCAAGGCAAUUUUUUAGCUUAAGCAAUAGCCUUGAGCAAUAGACUUGAGUUGUAUUUUGGUUAAAUAAUAUAAAAAAAUAGGGAGAGUUGCUCAAUUUGUCAGCCUGACUCUCUUAUCCUUGCCUAUUUGAUCUAAUAGCAAGACUUGGUCAUGACGACUGGAAAUAGAUCAGGAUGACCAGCAGUGUGUGUUCCACUGUUGUCCUUAAGCGUUCUACGACGUAGGAGUUGCUGGAAUUUUCAAUGUGUCAAUGUCAUAACGACUACGGGACUCCAUAUCCGGGUUUGAUUUCAGAGUUUGCUUUCUCUUAGACUUAGAUGAGGUUAGACCGCUCGGCCACCCAGCACCUCACAGUGUAGUAUACAACACAGUGAACAACAAAAGUUUUAUAAAACAUUAUGACUAUAUUUUGUAUGAUUUUAAGAUAGGGAAAAAUGAAAACUUUGUGAAAAGUUCAAUAGAAAAGGUACAAAAUAUGUAUUAAAAAAUUUAAGUUAAAAUUAAAAAUAAUUGCAGGUUUAUUGUUGUUACGCACUGGCUUCUAUUGUGAGAAAUUAAUCUCCUAUUUUAAAUUUAUGGCUCAUUCAAAACAGUGGCUAACUAAGGACGAUACCAUAGAAAAAUAAAAUAACAAAAGUACGUUACGCAAAAACAGUUGCCAAUUACAAUUAAUAAGAUUUAAUUUCGAAAUAAUACAAUUACAAAACAAAAGAAAUAUCAUUACAAAUCAUAAACUUACAGUAUGGUAGAUCUUGUACCGGUACACAGUUAGUCCAAUGUGCCCAUGAAUAAUGAUGAAUGAUCAAUGCGAAUAAACACAUAUAAGUACACAAAGAUUAUAUACGUCUCGUGAAGUUAAUAAAAACUAUCAAUCUAUCUGAAUCUCCAUCCCUUUCUGUGCCUGCCAAUCCUUUAUAUAUGUGGGUCUUCCGACACGUCUAGAAACGCCCUUACUUUUCUAAUACAAUCGAGAAUGUUCCAUAAGAUACUAGUAAACGGUCUAACCAUGUUUAAUUCGUAAACACGACAGAUCAAAAGAACUAGCCCCGCCCAUCUAUGAACCGAGCGUCUGCUUAGGAAUCUAAUUUAAGGUCAAGCAAAGUUCAUGCACGGGGAAAUGGUGUAAAUCGUUAUACAUAACAAUUGUAUUUUAAAGUAAUUAUAUGCAUUAAAUUUUAAAUAUAAUCUAAAAUCAGCAUUUAUGUAAAGGAGACUUAAUAAAAUACUGAAAGGAAAAGAAUUUUAAAAUCAACAAGAGAAGAAAAAAAUUUUCAUGUCUUUUCAUUGAUCAUACCAUGCAUUAAAUUAAUGCUAAUAUUGGCAACUUAAUCUAAUAAAAAAGAACUUUUAUUCUGGUGACCUGCCUUGCUAGGGAGCCUUUUUUUAUUUAUAGAUUGGUCAAAUUUAAUGAAUUACAUAAAAUGAGGGGAUGUAGCUCUAAGCUGAAAUAAUAAGAAAGCCUUUUUAAAAACUGCCACAAGCUUUGUCAUUUUUUUACUUGCACAGGAGGAUGUGCUCAGAUGAGUAUUUAAUUACCGAUACCUAGAUCAGGCCUAUGCCCUGGUUAGUUAAAAGUUAUUCAACUCAAUUAAGAGUAAUCUGAGUCAUUCAUGAUUCACUCAUUGUAUGAUUGUAGCACUAUUUGUUUUAAUUAAGUCAUACAACUUUUGCUGAUUGUUCACCCCCACUCCCCAAUGGACACCUUCAAGACACAUCACUAAUUUGUGACCUCCACCCCUUGACCUGUGAUGUCAUAAGGGACCAUGCCCACCCCCUAAUUGUCACAAAGUUUUAAAAAAAAUUGACAAUAAUAUCACAUGCCAUGACAUAUACAUGGAAAACACUUCCCACCAGUCCCAAUCAUGUGUUCUGACAACACAAAGUUUCACCCUGGUUUUAUAAACUCAUAGCUCAGUAACAGACACCACUUUUCCAAAGUAAAAGAUCAUAAUUUUUACACCCUGUGCUUGAUGUCAUUUGGCAUUAGCAAGAUAUGGUAUUCGCAGGGUAAAACACAAAUUUGUACCUGUGCUAUUUGGCAUUUGACAGGAUUUACGCUAUUUGUAUUGGUUUUUUUAUGCCAAGAAACCAAUUUGUGCCCUAUUACAAGGUUCGCUAUUCACAGGUUUCACUGUAUAUAUCAAAAGAACUUCCUUUUGAAUUAUAUUCCCUUUGAGCAGGAGACUAUUCAACAGAAACAUGGAUUGGCAUCAAAUAGUUGGAAGAGAGUUAGAAAACCUUCCCAGUGAUAUGUUGUGUACCAUGUAUAAAGAGAAGAAUUAAAUUAAUGGACUUAAUUUGUCAUCAAGCAAAGAGUUUCAAGGGUUUAUCUACAAUAUAUAUAUAUAUUUAUAUUCAACCAAAAAUAUUUAAAUAUAUAUUUUGCUAGUGUGACAGUAAUCUUAGUUUUUUUUAAAAGAUAUUUUUACAAUUUUGAUGUCACAAAGCUUUCAUCAUUAGAAAGGAUUGUUUUCAGAGAAUGAACAGCAUUUGAAAUUUUUUUGCUUUAACUGUCAUUUUUACUCAUUUCAGUUUCAAAUAUUUCACCAUGGUGUCAUUAUUGAGCCCAGGACUUCCCCCAAUAUCAUUACAAGAUAUUUUAGAGAAGGCUGGGCACAUGGUGGAUAGGCAUAUGCAAGAUGACAAUUCUUUUAUGGAUUUGGUUGAUCUUUUAAAUAUACCAUCAGACAGUGAGUAUACUUAAAGUGAAGAAAUUGUUUUAAGGAAAUUAUUUUGUCCAAACGUGUAUGCCAAAAAGUGUAGCAUCUUGUUUGCAAAAAAGCUGGUCAUCCUUCGAAGAGAAAAGUAUGUAUCUAUUAUUUUAAUUAACCAUAAGUUUUAUGAUGCAUUGUUUUCUCCUUUAAUGUUUCAGACCAGGCAAGCCUGAGCGGUUUGUAUAAUCAUGACUACCCCAGUUUGUCCGAUGCUGGUGUUUACUUGGACUCACUUUCUGAGAUUACGGUUGAAAAGAAAGUUCCACUCCCACCAGAAUUAGUUGAACAAUUUGGACGUAUCUUUUAAAAGGAAAUAUAUGAUUACAUUAAUGUGUUAAUCUUUUAAGGUUAUAAUUUAAGUGUCAUUUUUAUAAUGAACAGUUUUUGCAGAUGAUUAUAAUUUCCAAUGAUAUUGGGUACUAUUAGAAAUCAAGUUUACCCUAACGGGAAAAAACAAAAAAUGGAAAUUAAUAAAUAUGCUCACAUAUCACACAUAAUAUAUGUGCAAGAUUAGUUAAAUAAAUAUGUAAGAGAGUUCUCAACUUUUUAUUAAAAAUUAUCUUUAACAAUAAUUCAAGGCAUGCAGUGUAACUGUAUGAUGGGUAUCUUCCCUGAGAUAGAGCGGGCCUGGUUAACUGUUGACAAUGAUAUUUUUGUUUGGAAAUAUGAAGAUGGGUAAGUAUAUAACUUACUAUUAGAAAAGUAUCAUUAUAUAUAUAUAUAUAUAUAUAUAUAUAUGGUUUAUAUCAUAUAUAUAUAUAUAUAUAUAUAUGGUUUGUGUGUGGGUUUGUUCCACAAAGACUUUUACAUGGAUUGAUGGAUCUUGACCAAACUUGGCACAUAUAUCCAUCAUUAUCCAGAAGGAACUCUUAAGGGGUUAUGAACUUUUUAUAACAUUCCGUUUGGGGCCGGCGGCCCUGAAUUAGUUUUUUUCCUUAUAUUAGCUGUAUAAAAGUAAUUAGAAACAAAUACUCCUACAUGAGUAGAUAGAUCUUGACCAAACUUAGUACACAUAUACUUUAUUAUCCAUAUUCAAAUACCCAAGGGUUCUGAACUCAUAAUAUCCAUUUCUCUGGGGCCGGGGGGCCCAGUUCAUUUUUCCUUAUAUAAGCUAUAUAAAUAUCAAUAGGCUUAGACAGCGCUAUAUUUUCUAUGUGCAUAGAUGGAUAUAGGCCUGGCUUUGUAGCAAUACCCUUCAUUUACUGUAUUGAUAUAUCAGUGAAUUUAAAACUAAUAAUAUCCAAUCUAGAAUUUUCCAGAAAAUACCAUAAUUUUAAAAAGCUAUAUCUAUGCCAUUUUUAACUCAUUCCCUCCGGCAGCGCUGCUUCCGGACUUAAUUUAUUUUCCUGAGAAAAGGGAAGCAACUCAGUUUUGAAAUUGAUAUAUAUUUUUAAAAUAUUUUUUUAAGUUGCUAAAUAUUAUUUAAUGUUAAUGAAUUAAGAACAAAUGCAACAAAAAAUGAAUAAGGUUUAAUAUAAAUAUAACAUUAGCGGGGGAAAAAUAACGAACAAUGGUAAAAAAAUCGGUUUUCGGCACCUUCGACGAACACGUGGUACAUAUAGACGCGCCGUACUAAAGCACACGUAGUUUUAAAGUGAAACAAGAUAAAAACUUCCGGUUUCUAAAUUAAAAUCACGCAGAAAUCACGCCAUAGCCGGAAAUCUCGAGGGGUGCGAGAUUUCAUUGCUAUUUUUAACUAAAAAUAAGAGAGGUGUGUCGCUAUGCGCCGGGACGCAUUUGGACGCAUCAGUAGGAACCCCCCGAGGACGCAUUUAGUCGCAACCGUCGGGAAUGAGUUAAGAAGCUUUUUAUGGGACAAAUUUUAAAUUUUAACUUUAUUAUUUAUCUGUCUGAUUUUAUAGGGCCCCCUAGCUGAGGUAUAACUAUAUCAGUACAGUUAUGGAUUAACUUAAAAGAAAAAGGAUUAUAAUUAUGGCAUUUGUUGAAGAUUUUUAUCGUAUUUGAAAAAUAAUUAGAUAAGUAGUUUUUACACGUGUUUCGAGCAGGUUAUUAAAUUUAAUCUAGAAUGUUCCAGAAAGUUCUAAAUUUUUAUAAAGGGAUAUGUAGUGGGAUCUAAGGGAAUAUUGAAAUGUUAGUUAGUUCCAUUCAUUCCCGGAGUUUACUUUUCUCUCACUGAGUAAUUUUUUAUAUUCGGAGUAGAAUCAAAGGGGUCGGGAUCCCAUCAUAAUCUUUAUCCCAAUGGGAUCAGGAUCCCAGCAGAAAACGGGAUCCCAUCGGGAUGGAUGGAUCCACCGGGAUUGGGAUCACACCGGCAAAUGGGACUGCGCUGAGAUCGGUGUCAGAAAUGGGAUCGGGGGUCCAACCAGGAUGGGGUCCUAUGCAAUCCCGGGCCACGCCGGGUAUAUCGGCUAGUAUAUAUAUACAUAUAUAUAUAUAUAUAUAUUUAUAUAUAUAUUUGUUGUUGCUUUUGUAAAAUCAUAUGAAAUUUUGUAGGAACCAAUAGUUACCCUAAAGCAAAUAAAGUCUUCAAAUUUAAUGACUUUUCAUUUUCUGAAAAUUUAGUUCGGACUUGGCAUAUUUUGAUGGAUUGAGUAAAGCAAUUCUUAGUGCUGCCCUCUUGAAACCAAAGCCAGGUAUGAAUAUACUAGCCUAAGUAUUACAUUAAAAUUUAAUCAUUUGGUAUUUUGAGCUAAUUAUGUGGGUUUGAAUAAAAAAAUAUCUGCUAAGUAAAUUUGGCUAUUUAGUAUGUAAAAGAUAUAGAUUUAUCAUUAAUUAUGUAUUUGCCUCAUAGACUUUCCACCAUAUAAUGCGUCAUUUCUCUUGUUUUGUUCUAGGUAUAUUUCAGCCACACAUUCAGUAUUUGUUGUGCCUCGCUACACCUAUUGACAUAGUAUUACUUGGAGUCAGUUUUUACAAAACUUUUGAUGGUAAGAACAUAUUGGUUAUCAAUACCGUACACUGGUAUGUUUCAGAUGAUAUUACAUUCGUGUGAUAUGCAAAGUAAUUUAACUGGUCAACUACCGUUAGUCGCUGGUAUUGCCAAUCAUUCCUUCUAUCCUGGCCACGAGCCGCUGUGAGAGUUAAGGUUUGUUUCGUAGUAUACAAGUAAAACUAGUUAUAUCUUUGCAGUCCUACUUUGUGUCGGCUCUAGAUUUAAUGUAUUGACAGGGAGUUAAUUUUUUUAAAAAACACAUGGGGCUGUCAUAAUGUAAAUAAUAUAUUUUUGUCAUAUUUACUGUAUUUUGGGGUAGUUAACCAUGGCAACUAGUGAUAAGGUUACAAAAAGCAAGCAUAUUGUAAAUAAGUUGAAAUUAUGUUUCUUCCAAAGUGAAUUUGUGUAAAUUAAGAAACAUUUUCUAAUUUAUUGUAGAUGUGAUUACAUAAAUUAUUUGAUCAGUAAAUAAUAAUUAUUUCUUUUGCAAUUCAUAAAAUAAAGGUAAGUUAGCACAUUUCAAAAAAUCUAAUGCUUUUCUCUUGUAAAUAAUAAUUUAACAAUAUUCACAAAAAUUGUUUCAGAUUUAUAUUAAAGAAAAUGCAGUUAUCUACACAAUGGUAUAUUACUUACAACAAUAUGUUAACAGCAGCUGAAUUAGUACAUAGUCCUGCUUGUGGGAAAAUGUAACCCACAUUUAAUUGAGCCCAACAGCAUUUUUCAAUGCCGUAGCUAAUCUUUUUUUUAAAUAGUGGUGUGAUUGAGCUGUUGGAUUUAUUUUUUUUGUCUGUAAAUUCUACCACAUAAGUAUUGUUGAGCACUCUCUUUAUUCUCAUCCAGGUGGCAGUGGAGAUAGUCUAGGUGGAGAAAUGCACUUGUUGCCAGAUCCUCUCUUCUCCAUUCCGACCGAUGGUGUGUACAUCACUAGCAUCGUGGGGGCUGAUAAUGGCAGAGUUUUCAUGGCUGGUAAAGAUGGCUGCUUGUAUGAACUUAUUUAUCAGGUGCGUUGUAGUUGGGUGUGUCUUGUUUAUUGACAAAUUAUACAACACUAAAUAUAUAUUGUGACUUAUGGUUCUUUUGUUUGGUAAUGAAGCAAGUUUUUUUUGGUGUACAAACAUUAUUUCUUUAUUUUAAUAGUUUGAUUGAUGUGGAAAUCGCACAUUUUUUUUUCAGGCUGAAGAUGGCUGGUUCAGUAGAAAAUGUAGAAAAGUCAAUCAUUCAACAAGUUCCUUGUCCUUCCUUAUUCCCUCUUUUCUCAACUUUUCCUUCAGUGAGGAUGGUUAGUACUCCUUGACUUUAUUGUACCCUUCAUUAUUUAGUUACAUAUUGAUAAAAUUGUUGGUGUCUAUUAAUUUUGUAAUUUAAAAGAAAAGGUUAUUUAUAUGAAAGGAAAAUCAUUUUCAUGUAUUACUUUAAUCACUUUCUUAGCUGUAUCAAGUAUGAUUUUCAUUCUGUGUAAAUGUUAAUUUUAUUUAUUCUUUCAGAUCCAAUUGUACAAAUAAGUAUAGACAACACAAGAGGAAUUUUAUAUGCCAGAACUCAGAAAGGGACAAUACAGGUGGGUCUCACAUUGUAAAAUAUUCAUUGUACAGUAAGUGUUUCAUUAUUUGUUAGAAAUCAAUGGAACUUAGAGAUUUGUAGGUAUUUAAUUGAAGAAAAUUGUUGAAGGUUGAAAUCAAGAUAAAAGUCACUGAUCUUAAGUUGUACCCUGUAUUGGAAAUAAGAAUGUUAAAAUUUCUUCAGGUAUUUGAUCUGGGUGAAAAUAACACAGGAAUGGGGCGGGUUACUUCACAGUCUCAGUCCAGCAUACUGAGUGCAGCCUCUAGCAUUGCCAAGUAAGUUAAAUCUUCAGUUAAUUAAAAAAGUAUUUGAUUUUGCUUUCACAAUUGUUUUUGUAAUGAUACAGAUAAAUAGAUUACCGUUGCUGUUCUGUUUCCCCAUAAUUUAAAGUGACCCUUUUUUUGGUACAAUUUCCAGUACAAUAGAGUCAACCAGUUUUAAAUCUAUAGUGCACAUAGCUGCCAUUACAGAAAGGGAAUCAAACUAUUUACAGUUGGUUGCUGUAACAGACUCAGGUAUAUUCAUAUCAUAGUUAGCUUUACCAUUUUUUAAAUGAAAAGCAAGUAAUAUUUGUGACUGAAAAAAGAAAAGUAUGCACUUUAUCAACAAAUUAGGUUUUACCAAAGUUAUGUCAUAAAUGUUUCAGGAUGUUAUUGUUAAACACCAGUAAUGGAGUGUUUUUAUCCUUUUCUUAAAUCAAACAGAAAAUUAAACAUUUUUAUGGAAUAUAAAUAGAAAAAAAUAUUAAAUUUAAAAAAAAAAUACUCUGUCAUCCUAAAACAUAAUUGUUUAAAAAGGUCCAGGGCAAAGUGUUUUAUUCUGUUAAUUUGUUUUACAGGUGUUCGUCUGUAUUUUGCAACCAUUCCUUUCAAACAAGCCUCCAGAAGACCCUGUAUGCUGUCUUUAGUCCAUGUCAGGCUCCCACCAGGAUUUUCUGCAACAUCAGCACAUCAACGUCCCUCAUUUGUUCAUACAGCUUAUUACAACCGAGGUCUGUCUGUAAAAUGAAGUUUAAAAAUUGCACUUGAGAGCCUCUACUUUCUUUAUCCCAUUAAAUUUUUUUUUUAAAUUUAAAAUUUUCUUUAAAAAAAAAUUGAAAUGAGACUUAAGUUCUCAUGUCUAAUGAUUUAAAAAUUUUUGUGCUUAUUUUCUUUGCACACCAAGGUGUUGCCAUGCUAUACAAUUUUCAGAUUACAACUUUUCUUAUAGGAUGAAAUUCUACAAAUGGUGUUUCAUUGUUUAUGAUAAAUCUUUAUUGUUUCCUGAUAAUAAAGCUCUUAAAGAGACAUGUUUCAAUUUUUAGAUACUCUUCUACUUGUGGCCUAUCAGAAUGAAGAGAGUGACCUAUUGUGGACCAUUAGCCCUGAUUCUUUUCCUUUCCACAAGCAGCUCAUGGAAGCUUAUGUAACUGCCAUCUCUGUUUUUUUAACUUUACUAUAUUGUAAAUUACUUAAUUUUGUAGAUUGAUAAAGGUAUAAUAAUUUAAUGAAGACUGUCAUAGAAAGUAUAUGAUUUUUUUUUUCUUAGGAUGAUUUGUUUAUACUUCUUAUUGAUUUCCAAAAUAAUUAGAUGAUCCUCUUCAAAUUACUGCCAGCAAAUUUUUAUUCUGUAAUCUUUGAAAGCAUUCAAGCUUCUUAUGACACAUUAUGCUUAUAUAAACCAUACAUGUGUUAGUUAUUUAAAAUUAAGUUUGCCAAAUAAUCAAAGAAACAUGACACUUAUUAACGUAUUUACAAAAUACUUCUAAAUUAGAAAAUUCAAUUUUUUUCCCCCACAUUUUAAAAACUGAUUUAAUUUUUCAGACAACUAUCCCUAUUGAAGGGAAGACUUGGGCUAUUGAUGAGAUUACGCGUCCAGCGGGGCAUUCCUUAGAAAGAGGUAGCUCCCGCCCAGACCCUCCAAGUGUUGUUACCCAGCAUGCCUUACCACCACGGAGAUUUGUCCUUCUUAGUGCACAAGGCAUCCACAUCCUUCAAAAGCUUCGGCCCCUUGAACAACUGCGUCAGUUGAUGAUAGAGUGCAGAGGGCCUGAUGCUGAACAGGUCAAGGCCUUUUUUAGGCUACACAGGGUAGGGCAAAAAUUUCUUGCUUUAUGUAUGUAGAUUUUUAAAAAAAAAAGCUUUGUUAUAUUGUUAGAUAUCCUAUUUAAGAUCUUAAAAUUAUUUAAUUGAAAUAUUGGGGAACAUUUUUGCAUACUUAUUUUUAUGUUCAUAAUUUGUGGUAAUUAACAUUUGAGAACUGGAGCUGCCCAGCAUUUAUUAAAAUUGUAAAAAAAAUCUUCUUUAAUAUUUCAAUUUAAAAUAUAUUACUUGCAUGCUGGGGAAACAAUCAUAUAUUAGGUUUGGUUUAAUUUGUUUGGAUGAUCCUAAGUUGGGGGAGCGGGGGUCUGGGAUCAGAAUCGGUAAAAGGAAAUAAAUAGUACAUUCUGAAAACCUGAAGAAGAAAAAAAAGAAACAAGGGACAUGACGUCAGGCAGCCUUUUUCAGCGAACAAGAUAAACAACAAAGUAAAAUAAAAUAAAUGACUUGCCCGAUGCUGUGAAGAGCUCGAGUCGAGAGUGCCUUAGGUUUUAUUAAAUCAUUUAUUGGAUCCCCUAAAAUGGUUGAAGCAUUUUACCUUGGUUUUGUCUGUCUUAGAUUGAUCAAGCUUGUGCCGCAACACUUGUUUUAGCCUGUUCAAGAGCAGCUGCUGACGAACAAGUAAGCAAUUAAACUGAUCAUUAAGUGUUGAGCCAAAUUGAUGAAUGGGGUUGCUUCCUCUUUCCCUUGGGCUGCAUCCAGUGUACAGCACUUUGAAUUAUAUUCAGCCAUGACAAUAUUUAUUGUUCAAAUAUAAGGAAUAAUGCAGAUGAUGAUCUUUAAACACCUAUCCAUCUUAGUAGAAAUAUUUUUAGGCACCCUGCUCGAAUUACUUCCUAGAUGGGUAGCCAGAUGAUUCUAGUUUGAUCUCUCCCUUAGGUAUCUGACUGGGCAAGGAUGGCCUUCUUCAUGUAUGGAGGAGAAGCCCAGUACAAUCUGCAGGCCCUGAGAGCAGCUCCACUUCAAGGGACAACUUUCACUUCUGGUAUUACCAAGCAAUUUAUAUAAAUAUAUAAAUAAAAUAUUUAAAUAGAUAACUGCACAAAAUAUUAGCGAUUUUGUUAAAUUACUAGAAACUAUUCUCAAAUUAUAAUAGUUUUACUUAAUAAAUGGAAGCAUAAUAUUUUAGAAAUAUAACAACUACAUUAACCACCAGUUGCUAUUUGUUAAAUAAUUGUCAUCUUAAUGUUCUAUUUAGUUUACAUAUCAACAGCUGAGAGUGAGGUAGAAAUAAUUUAAUAGUUGUACAAUCCCACUGACCUAAAUUUAUUGCAUUAAUUUGAUCUCAUGUCAGGUGGGCCUGGCCAUAUGUCCAACACAGUUUUAUAUAGCCCUGGAUCUAUGGGUAUGUCAAUGAUGCCAGGAUCACCAAUGCCAAGUAAGAGUAUGAGGCAACCCUCAGUUUGAAAUAGCUUUUUCUAUCAUCUUUACCCCUAGAAAUAACUGCAGUAUGUAUAUUUAGUGCAUCUACCUUUGUUAUCCUUUUUUUUUAAAUGAUUAAAGGAAGAGUCGCUUUUCAAAACGCGGUAUCCGCCAUUUUCGAAAAAAAUGAGAUAGCUGUACAGUCUUGUAGAGCAAACCAUGUUCCUUUAGGACAUGUUAAAGUUUAUCUACAAAACACAUUUUAAUCCUAUAUUAUUCUAUGUCUAAAAAUGAUUUUAUUUUCAAAACGCGGUGUGAAAUUUUUUUUUUAUUAUCAAAAUGCUGUAUAUAUUUUCGGACCAAUCCAUGUGAUUGGCAAGCUGAUUUUGUGGCAUUCUGCGCACGCGCACUAAACAUCAAGAAUGAAACAACAACAGACAUGGUGGUUAACAACAGCCUGGAUGAAAGAGGUUGUUUGUGCUAUAAAAUCUUGAAAAUAAAAAGAAAAAUAGCUCAACACGAAAAAAAGUAAAAUCUUUUCGUCAUUCAAGCAGAGGAGAGAUACCCUCCGUUACAUGUAAUCACGAUAAAGGGUACUGCAAGGUGAGUUAUCGGUAACUUUAUUAAAUAACCAAUAAAGUUCAUUUUACGUUAACAUUGUAAAACUGAUGGUUACUACACAUUAGAAGUGUUAAGGAAAUGAAAAUAAAAAUUUGCUUUACAGCAGUAGUUCUCAACCUUCCUAAUGCAACGACCCCGUAAUACAUUUCCUCAUGUUGUGGCGACCCCCAGCCACAAAAUUAUUUUCGUUGCUACUUCAUAACUGUAGAGCAUAUGUGAUUCAGAUGAUCUUAGACGACCCCUGAGAAAGGGUCGUGCGACCCCCAAAGAGGUCGCGACCCACAGGUUGAGAACUGCUGCUUUACAGAGUUAGCUGUGUUAUUUAUUACAUAUUCAAUCUUUUACAUGCAGAUCCUGCCAUUACAGAACAAAGAUGCUCAAGGACAGAAAUAUUUGCCCUCUGAUUUGAAUGUAAAUAAGAAGCGUUCACUUGUCCUGGAACAAAACCAAACUGCUAUUGAAGAUGCUGCACACUCUAAAUCAGACACUUCAUUAUGUUCUAUUUUGUUGUUGUUCUAAAUUCAAAUAAAAUGAUUUGUGAGUUGAACAUUAUUUUGUUUACUUUUGUUUGGAAUUCAGAUUUAUAAAAACAAGUCAUGCAAACUUAUCUCACUCUAAACUUUACACUACUACAGGGGACUUUCCAGCAUUUAUAAUACUGUUCUGUUAAAAUAUAUUUAAAAAAAACAUUAAUCAUACACAAUUAUUUAAUGUAUAUGAUACAAUUUUAUUUUAUUUUGUUAUAUAAGUGGUUUGUAAUCUGUAAACAAACUAAAUUAUUUGCUACUGGGAAUAAUGUAAAGCUAUCAAAAUGGAUAUAUCGCAUUUUGUCUCAAAUUUAUAGUUGGAUACACAGCAUUUUGAAACAAAAUAAGAAAUUGAAAAUGGUAAAUAAAUACAUUUUAAUUAACCUACAUUUCAAUUUUCAUCAUAAUCUAACUUAUAUUUAAAUAUAUACCUAAAUUAACAAUUACUUUUCCGAAAAUUUGAGCCAUCAUUGUGUAGCAAAAAAAGUCGAAUAUCUCAAAACACCAAAAAUGGAGAAACAGCAUUUUGAAAAUCGACUCUUCAAAUAUUGAUCACAUAUAAAAAAAUUAUGCAGGUUAAAUAUCCCACUUACCUACUACAGGUAUGUCUCCACUGCACAUGUCCACCCCUGCAGGGGCUGGGUUUCAUCCACACAUGUCUAUGGCACCAGCCCCCAAUACACAACAAGAGAUUAUAUAUUCAGGGAAGCACAAUGGGAUAUAUAUUUACUUGGCAAGAAUACUUCGACCUUUUUGGGAAACCCCCGUCUCCACAAAGUUGGUGUGUGAUUCAAAGCGUGGCACAGUCAUCUAUGUAAGGCAUAAUUAAAUUUUUUUGUUCUUCUAUUUCAUACAGUGGUAUUCCAUUAGUGUUGUUUUUAUUCAUUCUCUAUAUUUGCAUUGCUUUAAAGCUCAAUGAAGGAAAUGGUGGGACAAGUCACAUUUUAAACAUGCUCAUGUUUGCUUGAAAUGAAAUAAAUAUGAGUUUAUAUGUUUCAACAGCUGACCAGCACCUUUAGUGCUGAAGAACUGAGCAUGGCACUUGAACUUGUGCGGGACUUAUCUGACUUUGUGGACUUCAACUCCAAAUUUGACCAUGAUUCCCAGACUGAUAUGUAAGUGUUGACCAAAUCAAAUCAGAGCUAUGGUUUUACUCCCUUUUUUAAAAUUGUCAUCACUCUCAUUUUUAAUGAGAAGAAAAUACAGCUUAGGACUCUGGUGUGUAUAUAGAUUCAGUAUAAAAUAUUUUUUAAAAUAGAUCUGUUGAAUCAAGGACCAAAGAUCCCUUUGCUGUUUGUCAAAAACAUUAAUUGAAGUUUGGAAUUUAACAUACCUCUUUUAUUAGCUUUUAUCCAUUUGUGUUUUUUAAGUAGUAAAAGAAGCACCAUUGAGGAUAAAUCUCUCUAAUGUUUCAGUCUGAGAGGUUCCAGGUUUGAGUUAGGCUUGGAUGAACAUACAAGAAAGAGACUCCAGGCAGAUGUUCAGAGGAUGGAGAAGAUCUCCCUCCAAUAUGUUCAAGACUUACUGCACAGGUUGGAGGAGGUGCUGGGCUUGUUGAGGCUUCUGGUAGACAACCAAUUUCACAUGCUGGUGGCAUCCAUGAAACAGGUAGUGCUAACCAUAUGCAAAGAAUAUUCAUUUUGCGUGAAUCCCCGCCAUGAAGUUAAAUCAUUUCUGUUUUCUAAAGAAGGGGAAAAAAGUUUUUGGCAAUAUUUUGAGUUUGUCGCAUAGUAAAAAUGUUUAAGUUGUCCUAAUUACUACUUCGUUUCAGAAUUCUUCAACAUCUAUUAAUUUAUUGGUUAAAUGUGAGAUUAACAUAUUUUAUCACAAUUCAAAUUUCUGUUAAAUCAAGUCAGACACUUAAGUAAUUUUAAAAUAUCUUUUUCAGGACAUGCAAAAUCAACUUCGAAAUAUCACAUUUAAAACAUUAGUCAUCAAUGGAAAAGAUGUAAGUGUUGAAUGCUUUAUAUAAAAUUAUUUGUUCAAUUAAAUUAAGGCAUUACCUAUUUUUUCCUUGUGUUCCUUUUAUUUAUUUUUUAUAUUAUAAAAUUUAUUAUUCAAUUUCUAUUUGACAUUUCUGGGUUAACCUUUUCCAGGUCUGCAAUACUCUAGUGAAUUGUCUUAUCAGCCGUUACCUUGAUGACAAUGCUACUAUCGAUGCCAUCAGUGAAAAGUUGAGACAGGUUUGUCCCACCCUCUACAGUUCUGAUGAUGCCACUUGUUCUAAGGUAAAAAAUUUUGUGAAAUGUACAUAAUUUGUUCAUUGAGUUCACUAGCAAAUUUAUAACAACAGUUUACAAGAGUGAUUUUAUUACACUUUGUCAAUUCAGAAUGGGAGCAAGUUUUGUGAUACUUUUUUGUGCUACCCUAUGACAGUUUUAACAAUGAAAGGCAGAACUGGUGCGCCCUAAUAUGAUUUAUGCCUGUUAUGGCCUAGAUAUGUAUUAGAUGUAAAGCAUAGAAAACUUAUGAUAUUUUUUUCUUUAUACUCAUGUUAAGAUUGGGUUUUCUUAAUGUACUAUAGGAGUAAUGAAUAUAUGUAGAGAUUUACUAAAAGUUGCAAGCUUCGUAUAGUUUACUCAUCUGCUUUUCACUGCCUAAUUGAGAAAAGAUUUCACAUUUAAAUUUGAAAGUAUAUGUGUUCUAUUGAUGUGGGAUGAAAAGACCUGUGUACCCUCAAACUCAUAUUAAAAUUGUACAAUAUCGUCACAAAAUCAUUCAAUACAUUAUCUUAAUAGUAAAAAAAUAAACAUAAGUAUAUAUAAUGUAUACACCUCAAAAUCAAACAUUAUAUGCCAAAAUCGUAAGAGUAAAAAGAUCUGGAUGAGGAAUGAAUUAACCAAUGCCAUCAACCAGGAAAAUUACUUCAGUGCUAUUUCCCGUCACGAUGGGGGGGGGGGAUUAACGAAAAUAACAUUAUGGUUGAUAAAACCUGGCAAAUGAAGAAACAUUAAUUAAACUUUGUAAAAGCCUUAUGUUACUUUAUUGCUUGUCAGCCUUGUCGAGGAGGCUAGAGUGUUUUCUGUGGCCGUUGAGUAGGGGACCCAACUCCUAGACAACCUGCCUUCUCAUGCUUUUCAGUAUGAAUUAGAUAUGCUUUGGCGAUUAUCAUAUAUUGCUGAAAUAAUUGUUGUUACAUUGGUUAUCAUUUUAUGGUAUGUUCUCUAUGAGUUUAACAGUGAACCAUCUUCUCUAUGAGUGUAACUGGGAACCAUAUUCUCUAUGAGUGUAAUUAAGAACCAUCUUCUCUAGGAGUGUAAUUGGGAACCAUCUUCUCUAGGAGUGUAACAGUGAACCAUCUUCUCUAUGAGUGUAACUGGGAACCAUAUUCUCUAUGAGAAUGAGUGUAAUUAAGAACCAUCUUCUCUAGGAGUGUAAUUGGGAACCAUAUUCUCUAUGAGUGUAACUGUGAACCAUCUUCUCUAGUAGGAGUGUAACUGUGAACCAUAUUCUCUAUGAGUGUAAUUGGGAACCAUCUUCUGUAUGAGUGUAACUGUGAACCUUCUUCUCUAUGAGUGAAAUUGUGAACCAUCUUCUCUAUGAGUGAAAUUGUGAACCAUCUUCUCUAUGAGUGUAACUGAACCAUCCUCUCCAUGAGUAUAACUGUGAACCAUCCUCUCUAAGAGUGUAACUUUGAAUCUCCGAUGUCUUAAAUCCAGUGUAAUAAAAAAAAAUCUGCAAGUAAGAAGAAUCUGAAAGAAGGUAGGCACGCAUAGCCAGGCUGAUUUUGAUAUUACACAGCAAUUAACUUUUAUCUCAUCAGGCCAAUGAAUUGCUGCAAGCCGCAAAACAGAACCUAAAUCAACAAGAGAAACAACAACAAGUCAGGGAGGCAUUGCAACACCUGAAAGGUGUUAACCAGCCCCUGAACCUGAAUGUCAUAUGCCCACAGCUAGAAAGCCUUUAUUGCUACCUUGGCAUAAUGGAGCUUGGACUCAAUGAAGCUCGCAAGGCUGAUCCCCAACAGUUGGCUCUACACUUCUACCAUAAUGGGGAACCGCAGGAAGAUAUUCAAGGGAUGAAAGCUUACAUAGCUCGGUAUGAUAAGUAUAAAUAAACUAAUGUGAAUAUUGUAUUUAUUUUUUGCCUUAAUUAACUUGGAGCUGACUUGAAAGAAAAACCUUCAACCUCAGCAUAGUACUUGAUAAAUCUAAAUUGGCUGUUGAUCUUUAACAAAUAAAUGUUUUUUAUAAUUUAUUUUGAUGCUUUACUUUUGAAACAUUUAUCAUCACCACAAAGGAAUUUCCCAUUUUACAAUAAGACAUUUCUAAGCCAGUUGAUUCCCUAUUCUUAUAAGAUUGGCUUGUUAACUAACAUAGUCAACAAUGUCCCAAGUUUUGUACAAAACAUAUUUCUAUUUAAUAUUUAUUUACAACACUUACAUAAUCUGAACCAAUAGCAUACUUGGAUCCAAACAUAUACUUAAAGUUAAAAUUUUGAAAAAGAAAGAAUUUAGAAAUAAUAAUGUGGUCAAGUGUUAUUUUUAAUGUUCGUAUUUUUUCUUAUAAGCUGUUAACUUAAAUACUUUGAUUUGAUGAACAGUUCUUUUUUUGUUUGUUUUUUUUAAAUUUGUUUCCGGCAUAUUCCACCCGUGACUUCCACAGUGGAUCCCCGCUCUAACGCUAUAGUUGAGGUCCAUAGAAAGGAUCUUUUUUUAAAGCAGAGACAUGAUAAUUUUGGGUUUGACAAUAUUUUGAUGCAAUCUAGUCCUGUUGCCACUAAUGCGCCUGGAUGCCUACAAACAAACACAUGUCUCACAGAAGCCUUGAUACUAUGUGAAUGGUUCCAUCUUUAGGAAACAUGUUUACUGCUUUUGUCCUUUGAUGUUUAUUACUUUAAAAAACCAAGCCAUGAUCCUGUUAUAUUUUUAAUACUAGUGAUCUGAAGUCACAAAUCUUAAUGAGAACUAAUAAGUCCCCGAUAUGGCUAAGAGAAUUCACUGAAUGGCUGUUUGAAAUAAUUUAUUACAAAUGUCUUGUGUUCAAAUUGUUCAAUUUAUGUGCUGAAAAUGUACAAAGCGAUCAAAAAAACAUUUCCAUUUUUUUUAUCAAUAAAAGAAUCUUAUCUUACUGUACGCCAAAAGGAUAAAAUAGCUAUUUUGAUAAUUUGUUCCAAUGUAUUUUUAACCCAAAAAAAAUAUUCCUGUGCAAAUUAUAUAGAAAAUAUUGGAUUCAACUGUAUCUUUUACUUAUAAUAUAUUUUAUGCAUUUUGUUUUAAUUUUUUUCCCCCCAUUUCAGUAUGGAUUGUUACAAACAUCUAACCAACACCUUAAGCUAUUUAUGGUCAGCAAGUAUAAACCACCCGCAAGCUCCCAGUUUGCCCCUCUUACCUGGCCCUCCAGCCAAUGUUGACCCAAGUCGGAUGGAUCCAGAGGAAGCUGAGAAAUUUGUUAGUAGCAUUUUAGUAACCUCCUUGUUCAUAAUGUAUUUAUCAUAUUCAAGCAGAAGUAAAAUGAAGGAAAUCAAAUUUUAUUUAAGGAGCUUUCCAUGCUUUCUAUUAAUACUUGACCAACAUUUCCAUACUAUGAUUUCCUCAGAGAGAUGAGUUUUUUCAAACAGCCCUGAAAAGUGAUGAUCCUUUAUUCCACUCAGCUUUAUAUGAUUGGUUGUUUGCUACAAACCAUGCUGAAAAGCUGCUAGAGGUUGGUCUGCAUUAGUUAGCCUUGUUUAAAUACCCUUGGAGUCUUGGAAUUGUUUUGAAAGAUUUCUCUUGAAUACCAACCAACUGGCGUAGUUGGCAAAUGGUGCUUCAAGGAAAUUUUUAUUACCAUCCUGUGUAAAUAUUUGAGCUGUAAGUGUAAAUAAAAUAGUUCCUUAUGCUGGGAUUGUUACAAAACCCAAAGAUCUCAUUGGAAAUUUUUCCAAGUUUUGCAAAUCCUUUUAAGCAAUUUUUCGCUUAAUAUUUUUAUAUUUAAAAGACAUUACGAUAAGAAGAUGACAGCAUUAAAAUUGAAUCCAUCAUAAUUUUUUAAAAUUUUAAAUUCCAGAUAAAUACACCUUAUGUUGAACAAUAUCUCCGUCGUAAGGUUAACUUACAGACAGAUAACACCAAUGCUCUGGACAUGUUAUGGAAACAUUAUGAGAAAACUGAGAACUUCUUGGCAGCGACACGUAUUCUUGCUCAGCUGGCAGAGAGACCAGGGUCAGUUCUUUAAAUUAGGAUCAGUCCUAUUGGCACUUACUAGACAACAUUAGAUAUGGCUACAUAAUUUUCAUUUCUGUAUUCAAAGUUUUUAUUUAAAACUAAUUUAUUAUUUUUUUUAACCCAUACAAAUUUAUUAUCCUUGUGACCAUGUAGGAUAUUUACCAAAGAUUUUUUUUUCACCCCAAUGAAUUCUCUAAACAGAUCCAACAUUAGUCUAAUCCAAAGACUGGACUACUUAUCGCGAGCUGUCAUAUCUGCCAAGAGCUCCACAUCCAGACUGGGGACAUCUGCUGCUGGAGAAUUUUUACAUGAACUGGAGGAAAAAAUGGAGGUAGAGCGAAGAUUCUUGAGAUUGGGGGGAGUGGGGGGGGGGGGGGAAUAUAAAUAUAUGCUUUGGAUAUUUUAUUAUAUGGCCUGUAAAUUUAGUGAGUGAUAUCAAUCAAUUGUACAUAAUUAUUUAAACUUGUUAAAAUUUAUAAUAUAAUAAUUGUCCAUCAGAAAACAAGACUGUGGCUUACAUUAUGUUAGGUUUUAGUGUGAACACUAUGCAAAUCACCAAACAUUUUAGAUUUUUUAAAAACCGUGUUAGGAAAUGAUUAGUCCAACAGUAUAGUUGAUUAGUGACUCCACCUUUGUUUCAGGUUGCUAGGUUACAGAUGCAAAUCUAUAAAUGUCUAUCAAACAUGGGGCAUUCUCCAGAUUUGCAGCAGGCAAAAACUAAACUUGAUUCAGGACUGUUGGACAUCACAUCUGUGAGUUUUACAGCGAAUGUUCAACUCAUUAAUUGUUCCAGAAAUUAACAAUUAACUCUGAAGUCUACUUGAUCUGUUUUAAUAUGUUUAGUAUUUAUAAUAAUUUAUGCUUUAGUAUUUUUGUUGAUUGAGGAAAUCUACCUUAGUUGAUGACUGUGUCGUUGCAGUGUAUUUGGCACAUGGGUGAUGCACAAGUGACAUAAGUUUAUAUAUAUAACAUCAUACACCUUUUACAGUACAUUAUAAAAAUAUUGUCCUAAAAACAAUACUUUGUUAAUAUAUCUAUCUUAAAAGUUUGACUUUCUUUAAUGAAACUGUUAUUAAAUCUAAUUACAUUGUAAGAACAAUAACUCUAGGUUGGAGUGUUGUCCCUUGUUAUUUUUUUUUUUUUAAGUUUCAUUAUCUUAUUUGACUUGGUCAUAUUUUAGAUAAAAAUGGAGGUUUUUUUUUGUCUGCUUGAGUAGACUUUAAGUGAAAUGCUUUCAUUUUAUUAAAUGUUAUUAUGGUUUUACCCAACUUAAUUAUCUUUUGUCUAUAAUUUUUCAGUUGUAUGAAGAUUUUGCUGUCCUAUUUAACCUUUAUGAAGUACAGCUGGCCAUUGUCCAUUGUGCAGGAUUGUAUGAUGCAGCACUGAUUGAAAACUUAUGGCAAAAUAUUAUUGAUAAAGGUUAGGACUUUUAAUAACUAAAGACUUAAUUAAUAAAUUUUUUUUUUCAACUGCAACCAAAAUUAGCCAUUUACAGUCCGAUGCCUACAGUCCGUUGGGGCCAAAGCCGCCCGUUCGAGGUUGUUUACUUUUGUUCUUAGCACAGCGGAAAUCCAUUGCCCAUUACUAUUUAUAGUUCUACCGGAAGCCUCGUUUUCUGCAUUUUUUAUAUACUAGUUUGAACGUGGUGUGUUUAGGGCCUCAUUUUGUGAUUUUUUUCGCUUUUAAAAAAAUGGCUUUCCAAGCAAUGGAUAAAAUUUUGAAAGAACUUAGGCCUAAUGGAGCUUCAUUCUUUCAUGAUUCCAGCAGUGAUAGUGAAGAGUCAGAUAUAGACAUUAAUUUAAAUGACGCUACUAGUGAUUCAAGUGGAGAAGAUAAUAGUAGUGACAUCGAUGAAAAUGGACCUAUAACCAAUUCCUACAACUAUAAAUGAUCAGACAGAUCAGGAAUGGUUUGUGAAUUUUUCAUGCAUCAAACUGUUCCCUUUCACAGAGCAAUCAGGCUCUAAGCAUAAUUUGCCUGUGAAUGCAGUUGCAUAAUUUUUUUUGUUUAUCCUGGACAUUUUCUACCAACACGUCGUAGCACAAACAAAUUUAUAUGCAAUCCAGUGUGCAACAAAGUGUGGCAAAACAGACUCUUACUGGCACCCAGUUGGCUCCAGUGAGAUCAAGAAGUCUUUUUACAUAAAUAUAAUGCUUGGGAUCCACAACAUGCCAGAAGUUGACUCAUACUGGUCUCUAGACCAAAGACUUAGAGUUCCAGCCGUAGCUGACAUUUUGGGUAAAAAACGAUAUAAGAAAAUAAGUCAAUAUUUGCACCUAAAUUACAACAAUUUGUUGCCAAGGGACAGCCAGGCUAUGAUCCUAUAUUUAAAAUUAGACCCCUUCUGGACAUUUGUAAUUUUAAAAAAAGAGUCAGGAAAAUUAUUACCCUGGAAAGGAACUGAGCAUUGAUGAGGCUAUGAUAAGCUUCAUUGGGAGAUUGUUGUUCAAACAAUACAUAAAAGCCAAACCGAUUCCAUGGGGUAUCAAAGUUUGGUACAUUGCUGGCCCCCACAAUGGGUAUAUGUGUAAUUUUAAAUUUUACACCGGCAAAGUAAACGACCCAAUGCCACAUGGCAUAGGCCACCACAUCAUUUUUAUUGUGGGAGGACCAUAUUUAGAAAAGAAACACCAUUUUUACUUUGAUGAUUAAUUUUAAAGCGUCAAACUUGCAGAGGAUUUGCUGACUGUGAAUACUCAUUCUUGUGCAAAAAUACACACCAACAGGAAGGGGUGGCCACUAUGAGCAGAAAAAAUGAAAGGUGGGGAUGUACGAUAUUUGCAGAAAGGCGGGGAUGCCGGCAACAACUUGGUGUGACUAGCGACAGUGUCCAUUUUGUGCACAAAUACAGAGAGUGGUGUUGAAACUGUGAGUAGGAGAUCAAAGGAAGGGCCCGAGAUGUUGCUAUUCCUCAGCUUAUCCUCACCUACAACAGGCAUAUGGCUGGUGUGAAUUUGGCUGACCAGUGAAGGGAAGAAAUCCAAGAAAUGGUGAAGUUAUGGUCUUUGGUUCCUAAUACAAGUAGGAAUGAUCAAUGCCUUCACCAUUAUGAAGGAGACAAUGAAACCCUCCACUCCCAAAAGAAAAAGCCACCAAUCAUCUCCAGUGCUGCGUGGACUUACUGUCAGGACUGCUAGGCUCUUCAGCCGCUAAGGAGAAACACUGACACAGUUUCUGUUGCAGCAGCGCAGUUGUCGUCCUCUAAGCAUGAGCUGAUAAAACGUUCUGGCAGGAAAAAGACAUGCCACUUCUGCAGCAAGACGGGCAAAAAAAAAAACAGUGGGAGGGUCCCUAAAAGUGUUUUUGUGUGCAAUUUUUGCCAAAUUCACCUGUACAAGGCUGCUUGCUUUGCAGAGUUUCACCAAAGACUAGAAAAUGGAAUAUAAUUGGAGUGACAGAAGACAACUUGCAGAAUUAUUUUUAACAAAUUUUUAAAAACUUUUUUCUGGAUUUUUUAGUAACAAAACUAUUUGGAUUACACCUUUACAAUGUCACCAACAAUAAAGUAUGUCCAUUUAUUUACAUUUAGGUAUUUUUAUCUUAACUUUAUUGCCUUGAGUUUUUUUUCAGUAAAUUAAUUAGAUGAAGAACCUUGAUUUCAAAUAGAGUUAUGUCCCCUUGCUCGGAAAAAGGGGGUUAGAAAAGGCUGAAUAGGCUUGGACUGUAAAGGGUUAAAUAACAGUACAGAAUGUAUAGGUGCUAUAUGAUGAACAAAUGUUUUUUAUUUUGUAUUUACUGUCACCCCAAUGUUCAAUAAUAAAUCUUUAAAUAAAUUCAAAAAGAUGUUGGAAAGAUUGGACAAAGCAAAUCUUAAACUGAAACGCUGUGACUUUAUUCAUGAUAACAUUUGUAUAAAAUAUUUGAAUUUACACUUUUAGUUUGAGUGCUUAUCUGCAUAAUCAUGUUACACUUUUAGUUUGAGUGCUUAUCUGCAUAAUCAUGUUACACUUUUAGUUUGAGUGCUUAUCUGCAUAAUCAUGUUACACUUUUAGUUUGAGUGCUUAUCUGCAUAAUCAUGUUACACUUUUAGUUUGAGUGCUUAUCUGCAUAAUCAUGUUACACUUUUAGUUUGAGUGCUUAUCUGCAUAAUCAUGUUACACUUUUAGUUUGAGUGCUUAUCUGCAUAAUCAUGUUACACUUUUAGUUUGAGUGCUUAUCUGCAUAAUCAUGUUACACUUUUAGUUUGAGUGCUUAUCUGCAUAAUCAUGUUACACUUUUAGUUUGAGUGCUUAUCUGCAUAAUCAUGUUACCCUUUUAGUUUGAGUGCUUAUCUGCAUAAUCAUGUUACCCUUUUAGUUUGAGUGCUUAUCUGCAUAAUCAUGUUACACUUUUAGUUUGAGUGCUUAUCUGCAUAAUCAUGUUACACUUUUAGUUUGAGUGCUUAUCUGCAUAAUCAUGUUACAGUUUUAGUUUGAGUGCUUAUCUGCAUAAUCAUGUUACACUUUUAGUUUGAGUGCUUAUCUGCAUAAUCAUGUUACACUUUUAGUUUGAGUGCUUAUCUGCAUAAUCAUGUUACACUUUUAGUUUGAGUGCUUAUCUGCAUAAUCAUGUUACACUUUUAGUUUGAGUGCUUAUCUGCAUAAUCAUGUUACACUUUUAGUUUGAGUGCUUAUCUGCAUAAUCAUGUUACACUUUUAGUUUGAGUGCUUAUCUGCAUAAUCAUGUUACCCUUUUAGUUGUGCUCAUCUGUAUAAUCAUGUUACCCUUUUAGUUGUGCUCAUCUGUAUAAUCAUGUUACCCUUUUAGUUGUGCUCAUCUGUAUAAUCAUGUUACCCUUUUAGUUGUGCUCAUCUGUAUAAUCAUUUGAAUAGCAGCAAUAAAAGAAAGUAUUCUGAUAUAAAACAAUGCAGAUCAAUAAAUGCCAGACUGUAGAAACAUGUGGGCUGGAUGACAUAUAAACAGACUGUACUCACUUUACAUGUGACAUGUUGUACAGAGGGUCAUAUAAGUUAGUCACUUUCAUUCUACUUGUCUAUUCCUAGAAAUCACCAGCACAGCCCAGAUGACCAGUGAUGACAGAAAAGUUAACAUCAGCAACAGGCUGGGUGGGAUAGCUAAACUUUACAUAAGUGCAGAAAGAUAUUUCCCUGUUGGUGAGUUGUUG